UCGCACGCAGCAUCUCCCUCCCGGCCGCCCGCAGGUGAGGAGGAGCGCGAGGCUAUAAAGUCCAUCCUGCGGGCUGCCUCAGCACCAGAUCCUCUCUCACUCCCUCCCGGAUUUGAGCAGACCCAGAAGAGUCACCAUGACCAGCGUGCGCUACGGCAGCUCCAGGAGCCUGUACUCCAUGCCCGUCACGCGCGGCUCCGCCAGCAGCAUGGGCCGGAGCGUGAAGAUGUCCUAUGCCAGCAACAACAUCGGCUCCGGGUUCGGGCUGGCCGGAUCCGUGGGAGGCGGCGGCGGCGGCGGGGCGGACUUCGGCCUGGUCGGCGGGGAGAAGCAGACCAUGCAGAACCUGAACGACCGCCUGGCCUCCUACCUGCAGAAGGUGCACACUCUGGAGUCCGCCAACGCGCAGCUGGAGCGCCAGAUCCGGGAGUGGUACGACAAGCAGACCCCCAAUGUCAGGGACUACAGCAAGUACUGGGCGAUCAUCGAGGACCUGCGCAAAAAGAUCAGCCUCGCCACACAGGACAAUGCCAGGCUCAUGCUGCAGAUCGACAAUGCCCGACUGGCAGCCGAAGACUUCAGGAUCAAGUUUGAGAACGAGCUGGCAGUUCGCAUGUCGGUGGAGACAGACAUCGCCGGGCUGCGCAAGGUCCUGGACGAUCUGACCAUGGCGAGGUCCGACCUGGAGAUGCAGGUGGAGGGCCUGAAGGAGGAACUGGUCUACCUGAAGAAGAACCACGACGAGGAGAUGGCGGCUCUGCGCAACGUCAUGACGUCCAGCUCUGUGAACGUGGAGGUGGACGCCAAGCCUCAGCAGGACCUGAACCAGGUCCUGGAGACCAUCAGGACUCAGUACGAGAGCGCGGCCGAGAAGAGCAAGCGCGACAUGGAGGCGUGGUACAAGGCCAAGUUUGACGCUCUCAACAAGGAGAUUGGCAGCAACACGGAGACCCUGCAGACCUCCAAAAGCGAGAUCAGCGAGCUGAAGAGGACCCUGCAAGGCCUGCAGAUCGAGCUCCAGUCGCAGCUCAGCCUGAAAGCCGCCUUGGAGAGUCAGCUGGGAGACGUGGAGUCCAGCUACAGCCUGCAGCUGAGCCACCUGCAGCAGCAGGUCAACAUGCUGGAGAGCGAGCUGGCCAAUGUCAAGGCCGACAUCGAGAGGCAGGCCUUGGAUUACCAGACGCUGCUGGACAUCAAGACCCGUCUGGAGCUGGAGAUCGCAGAGUACAGGCGGCUGCUGGACGGAGAGGACGUGAAGAAAAACAUCAUCGUCAAAGAGGUCAUAGAAGAACGGAAACCGGUGAAGACUCAGAGGAAGAAGGUGGUGAUCGAGGAGAUCAUCGACGGAAAAGUGGUGUCCAGCACAGUCGAUCUGGACGAGACGAUCGUCAACUAGUCCACAAUCGGGUUUAUAAGUUAAACAAUAAAACUAAAACUGGCCUUUUUGUAUUGUAAAAUCUUAUUUAAAAAAAAAAAAAAAAAAAGUUUACAAAGAGAGUUGUUAUUAUUUUCUCAACAUUGUGGUAAUGUAACUCUGUUGCCAGAAAAAAAAAAAAACCUCUUAGAAAAGCGAAAAUAAUGUCACUAUUUUAUUUGUCAUCGGGUCAAAAACUCAGACUUUGUGACUUUUUUUCUCAGUUUUCAUGGAAAAUUCUUAAAAGAAAUCUUGCAGCCUGCCUCCUGCAGCAUCACAGGAACACACUCGAGGGCUUUGUGCAGAGAAACUAUGAAUAAAUUGAAUUAAGUAGUUAAAAAAAAAGAUCCACUGUCAGAUGUUGUGUGUGUGUGUGUGAUGUUGAAUCAUCAGAUUAAUAAACUUUUAUUUGGAAUUUC